GAAGCUUCAGUUGAUUGGGACGAUUCUGGUUGUAGGUAGCGACUAUACUUAGGGGGCACCUGGGAUCUAGGCCCGCAUCUUACUUCCCGGCAGGGUGUCACGCUCCCCCGAAGACUGGAUGACUGCCAUGGAGGAUUCCCAGUCGGAUAUCAGCAUCGAGCUCCCUCUGAGUCAGGAGACGUUUUCAGGCUUAUGGAAAUCCAUACUUCCUCAAGAAGAUAUUCUGUCUGCUGCGGUGUUGUCACCUAACCCCAUGGAGGAUCUGUUCCUGUCCCAGAAUGUCGCAGAGUUGUUAGAAGACCCAGAUGAAGCCCUCCAAAUGGCAGCAGCUCCUCCAACACAGGACCCUGUAACUGAGGCCCCUGCACCAGUGGCCCCUGCACCAGCCACUCAGUGGCCCCUGUCAUCUUCCGUCCCUUCUCAAAAAACUUACCAGGGCAACUAUGGCUUCCGCCUGGGCUUCCUGCAGUCAGGGACAGCCAAGUCUGUUAUGUGCACGUACUCCCCUCCACUCAAUAAGCUGUUCUGCCAGCUGGCAAAGACAUGCCCUGUGCAGCUGUGGGUCAGCGCCACGCCUCCAGCUGGUAGCCGAGUUCGUGCCAUGGCCAUCUACAAGAAGUCACAACACAUGACAGAGGUCGUCAGACGCUGCCCCCACCAUGAACGUUGCUCUGAUGGUGACGGCUUGGCUCCUCCCCAGCAUCUUAUCCGGGUGGAAGGAAACUUGUAUGCUGAGUAUCUGGACGACAGGCAGACUUUUCGCCACAGCGUGGUGGUACCAUAUGAACCACCCGAGGUUGGCUCUGACUAUACCACCAUCCACUACAAGUACAUGUGUAAUAGCUCCUGCAUGGGGGGCAUGAACCGCCGGCCUAUCCUUACCAUCAUCACACUGGAAGACUCCAGUGGGAACCUUCUGGGACGGGACAGCUUUGAGGUUCGCGUUUGUGCCUGCCCUGGGAGAGACCGUCGUACAGAGGAAGAAAAUUUCCGCAAAAAGGAAGAACAUUGCCCGGAGCUGCCCCCAGGGAGUGCUAAGAGAGCACUGCCCACCAGUACAAGCUCCUCUCCCCAGCAAAAGAAAAAACCACUUGAUGGAGAAUAUUUCACCCUUAAGAUCCGCGGGCGCUCACGCUUCGAGAUGUUCCGGGAGCUGAAUGAGGCCUUAGAAUUAAAGGACGCCCGUGCUGCAGAGGAGUCGGGAGACAGCAGGGCUCACUCCAGCUACCUGAAGACCAAGAAGGGCCAGUCUACUUCCCGCCAUAAAAAACCAAUGAUCAAGAAAGUGGGGCCUGACUCAGACUGACAGCCUCUGCAUCCUGUCCCCCAUCACCAACCUCCCCCUCUCCUUUCUUGCCAUUUUAUGACUUUAGGGCUUAUUAUGAGAGCUUCCACUGCCUUUUUUUUUUUUUUUUUUUUUUUUUUUACCUUGUAGCUAGGGCUCAGCCCCCUCUUGAGUACUGGUUCCUGGCCCAGGUUGGGGAAUGGGUUGGUAGUUGCCAGGUCUCUGCUGGCCCAGCGAAAUCCUAUCCAGCCAGUUGUUGGACCCUGGCACCUGAAAUGAAAUUUCACCCUACCCCAUGCCCUGUAAGAUUCUAUCUUGGGCCCUCAUAGGGUCCUCAUCCUCCAGGGCCCAUUUUCCUUCCACUCUGCAAAGCCUGUCUGCAUUUAUCAGUCCCCCACCCUGUCUCCCCCCUUUUUUUUUAAACCCCUUUUUAUAUAUCAAUUUAUUAUUUUACAAUAAAAUUUUGUUAUCACUUGUA